AUGGAAGAUGGGUCAGCUAUAGCCUCGGCCAAGGGCGCUCCGCAAGGCACCUUAGAGGCAGCUAAGGAGGUCUUAAAAGGCUCCCCUUUUAGCCUUAACCUAGCUAAAAGCAAGGAAAAGGCUAUAGAGGACCUUAAGCUAGAAGGCUUAAAAGCCUUAGGUACUUAUAUCAGCCCUAUCCGGCCUAAAAGAACCUUCUUGCAAGAAAAGCUAGCUACCCUACAGGAAGCCCUAGAGGCCCUGCAAGACCUUCCAAAGCAGCACUCUUUGCUUCUUCUUAGAGGCAGUAUCCAGCUUCUUCUAAGGCACCUCCAGAGGCAGCUAGACCCAACCGGGCUAGAAGACCUUUGGGAAGAGGCUGAUACCCUUAUAAGAGAGGCUAUUAUAGCCCUAGUGGCUAGAAGCCCUAGUGAGAGCCCUAAAGAGCCUAAUUCAAGCCUUAUAGCCCUUCCAGUCAGAGAGGGAGGCCUAGGAAUACCCUUACACAAGGACCUAGCCCACGAGCUAUUCCUAGCAGCUAGGGAGGCCUCGCAGCCUACCCUAGGCCUCAUCCGGAAGCCCCUAGCCCAGCCUACCCUAGACCAAAGCCAGCCUAACCAAGGCCAGCCUAGACUAGGGAAAACAGCCCAACAGGUGCUAAAGGAAGCUAAUAAGGCUAGGCUAGCAGGCUUCUUAGAGGACCUCCCCGCUAGCUAUAGGCAUGCUAGGCUAGAAAAUGCUAGCUAUCUCGGCCCUAUUUCAAAGGAUUCUGCUAAAGAAGACCCUUAUAGCACCUUAAGAGAGGCUACCGAAGAAAAACGCAGAAAAUAUAGGUCUCUCGGGGCCUUUUUUCAGCCUCUUAUUAUCUCAGCAGGCGGCCUUAUGGACCUAGAGACAGCUAAGACCUAUCAGAAGCUCCAGGACCUUAUUGGCCCCCUUGCGGCUAACCAGCUAGAUUCCUCUAUUAGCCUUGCCCUGAUGAGGACUAGGGCGACCUCUGCGGCUUCUAUAGCCCGAGAUACCCCUAGUAACCUAGCUAGGUCGAUCUGGAAUACCCCUAGGGCUUCUUAA